AUGGGAGCAUCUACUGAGUUAUCUUCUCAUACCAGUCUGGUUGUUAAGUCUGUCAAAUUGAUUCUUCAUCAGGAUCAGUUUGGACUGGCUAUUAGGAUGAUGAUGUGGAGGGUUGGUCCUGGUCUUUAUGCUUGGCUGCUGGACUGGAUGAUGAUGUGGUGGGUUGGUCCUGGUCUUUAUGCUUGGCUGCUGGACUGGUUUGCUGUUUUGCUUUGUUUCGGUAGUUGUCUGCUAUUCUGGCAGACUGUUGCUGUGAGCUGGGCUGUUACCAAAGGUGCAGGAGCUGAGUUUGGGUACAUAGCAAACCAGUUGGGACUGAAUGGGUGUUGUACUGGUUUGUUUCUGAUCUGGGGAUUCUGCAUCAGGAGCUGUCUGGGAGUUCAGGAGCUAGACUGA